AUGGGCGAAGAAGAGUCCAGCAUGGCCCAGCUGGGGUCAGUGGCCCUCAAUGGCUCAACCCCUAAGAAAGUUGCAUACUUCUACGAUUCUGAUAUCGGCAACUAUGCAUACGUUACCGGUCAUCCUAUGAAACCUCACCGUAUUCGUCUCGCCCAUAGUCUCAUCAUGCAGUAUAAUCUAUACCAGAAAAUGGAGAUUUAUCGCGCCAAACCGGCGACUCGAGGCGAAAUGACACAAUUCCACACCGACGACUACAUUGAUUUCCUUCAAAAAGUCACCCCGGACAACAUGGAUAGCUACAUGCGUGAGCAAGGCAAAUACAACGUUGGUGACGAUUGCCCUGUAUUCGAUGGCCUUUUUGAAUUCUGUGGUAUCAGUGCAGGAGGCAGCAUGGAAGGAGCUGCUAGACUGAACCGACAGAAGUGCGACAUUGCCGUCAAUUGGGCGGGAGGUCUCCAUCAUGCCAAGAAGUGCGAAGCGAGUGGCUUUUGCUACGUCAACGAUAUUGUACUUGGCAUUCUCGAGCUGCUGAGAUUCAUGAAGCGCGUGCUAUACAUCGAUAUUGACGUCCAUCACGGAGAUGGUGUUGAAGAGGCUUUCUACACAACUGACCGCGUCAUGACCGUUUCUUUUCACAAAUACGGAGAGUACUUCCCCGGGACUGGCGAACUCCGUGACAUUGGUAUAGGCCAAGGAAAACAUUACUCUGUCAACUACCCGCUUCGCGACGGCAUCACCGACGAAUCCUACAGAUCCAUCUUCGAGCCUGUCAUUGAGAAUGUCAUGAAAUACUACCAACCCGAGGCUGUGGUUCUGCAGUGCGGUGGCGACAGUCUCUCCGGUGAUCGACUCGGUUGCUUCAACCUGAGCAUGGACGGCCACGCCAACUGUGUCAAUUACGUCAAGAGCUUUGGCCUGCCUACCCUCGUCCUUGGCGGCGGUGGUUAUACCAUGCGAAACGUCGCUAGAACUUGGGCUUUUGAGACCGGCGUCCUUGUUGGACAAGAGAUGGAGCGUACUCUACCAUACAACGAAUACUACGAAUACUACGCUCCCGAUUUUGAGCUAAACGUGAGAUCUUCAAACAUGGAAAAUUCCAACAGUCGCGAAUACUUGGAGAAAAUUACUGCUGCAGUAAUCGACAAUCUUCGGAAUACGGGCCCGGUGCCGUCGGUACAAAUGCAGGAUGUUCCACGUAAGCCGUUUGGUGGCAUGACUGAUGAGGAGGAGGCCGAGCUUGAUGAUCUCGAUGAAGACGAGAACAAGGACGUACGAAUGACGGAGCACCGCUGGGACAAGCGAAUCGAAAACGGUGCCGAGUUUGAGCCUAUCGAUGAUGACGAGCUAGCCCGAGCCAAUGGUGCGACUCGUCAAUCUAGCAACAAGCGCACCUUUACCGACUUUAGCAAAGGUGGUGAAGAGGAGGCUACUGGAAAUUCCGACGGAGCAAUCAAUGGCAAGAGCGCAGAGGCCAACGCUGAGGACAACCACGAUACAAACGACGAUACCAUCGAGGAGAUCGUCGCUACGGAGCAAGACAAGGAGCGCGUCGAGGAAACUACCGAGGAGACUGCCGACAAACAAACGAUAGAUGGAGAUGGUGACGUCGGUAUGGCCGACUCUGCUCCUAUCGAAGAAGAGGCAAAGAUCAAAGAGGAGGAGCCGGAGACGCAGAAUGCUCCUGCUCCUGCAGCCGCUACCGCUGCUACCGGAGAUGUGGAGAAAUCAGCUGACGAUUCAGCCUCGCAAGAUAACGAAGGCCGCCCCCCAAAAGAUCAAGAGAAACCGACUGGCGAAGAAAGCAAGUCUGAGAAGGUCGAGAUCAAGGACAAAGAGGAGCAACCAGCGGAUGCGAUGGACAUUGACGGAGACAAGGAAAAGGAAGCUGAUUUGGCUACUUCCUCAUCCUAG